GUGUGUGUGUGUGUGUGUGUGUGUGUGUGUGUGUGUGUGUGUGUGAGGGUGUGUCUGCUGCUCAUAUAAACUCGGUCACUCCGGCGAUUCAUUCACUGCGGAAGUUCCUCCAACUGAAGACCCGUUUUACAGCAUUGUGUCGGAAUGGAGCAUCUGUCAACGGCGCACACGCGCUUUUCUCUCAGUCUCUUCCAGAAAAUCAGUGAGGGAAACGCGUCAGCAAAUGUCUUCUAUUCUCCUCUCAGCAUCUCCGCUGCUCUUUCUAUGCUGUCGCUCGGAGCCGGAGGAAACACGGCAUCUCAGAUGUCCCGGGCUUUGCAUUUUCCUGAAGCAGAGGCAGAGAUCCACGCUGGCUUCACCAAACUCCUGAGCGAGAUUAACAAAGCCGGAGCUCCGUACGCGCUGAGUCUCGCCAGUCGCCUCUAUGGGGAGCAGUCCUACACGUUCGUCGAGAAAUUUCUCAGUGACACAAAAAGACUGUAUGAGGCUGAACUGGAGACUGUGAACUUCAUCAGCAAUGCAGACGCAGCUCGCAUCGACAUCAACACCUGGGUGGAGAAACAGACACAAGAGAAGAUCAAGGAUCUGCUGGCCGAGGGAGACGUGGAUUCGCUGUCCAGACUGGUGCUGGUGAACGCCAUCUACUUCAAGGGGAACUGGGAGAAGACGUUCGGAGAGGAGCACACCAAAGAGGUGCAGUUCAAGAUCAACAAGAAUGAAUCGAAGCCAGUGCAGAUGAUGUUCCAGAAGGCCAAGUUUCCUCUGGCCUUCAUUCCUGAGAUGAACUGUCAGAUUCUGGAGCUGCCGUACGCUGGGAAAGACCUCAGUAUGCUGAUCAUGCUUCCCAAUGACAUGGAGGACGACAGCACCGGCCUGCAGAAGCUGGAGAGCGCGCUGACCUACGAGAACUUUGUGGAGUGGACCCGGCCUGACAAGAUGGAUCUUCUGGAAGUUCAAGUGUCUCUGCCCAGAUUCCGACUGGAGGAAACCUAUGACAUGAAAGCUCUCCUGAUGAGCCUGGGAAUGGUGGAUGCGUUUGACUUGCAGCGAGCCGAUUUCUCUGGCCUGUCUCCGAACAACGAUCUGGUGCUGUCUAAAGUGGUGCAUAAGUCAUUUGUGGAAGUGAAUGAGGAGGGGACGGAGGCCGCUGCAGCCACCGGUGCCGUCAUGAUGAUGCGCUGCCUGAUGCGUCCAGAGCGCUUUCACGCCGAUCACCCGUUCCUCUUCUUCAUACGCCACAAUCCCUCCAAGAGCGUCCUCUUCUACGGACGCUUCUGCUCUCCUUGAGCUCCUGACGCUCCACCACACGGCACACAGAAGCUUCUGAUGUUUUUGAUCCAUUUAGAAUAAGUCGUUAUGCCGGUAGAUGAGGGGACAGGGUUCAGGUCUGUGCACUAGAUGCUUUUUAAAGGUUUCAGCUGAAAGACCUUCUACUGAAAAAAGUCCUUGUGCCUUUAUUCCUGAGUGCCUGUGUUGCUUCCUUUGUUGAAUAAUCUGGAGUCACAUCUAGAGUGUUUGUGCAUGUACUGUACAGAGCAUUAGGAAUAAACAAUUUGUAAUUGUUCAACAAUAAAAUGAAACCUGUGUUUAGCCUGAA